CGGACCGGAAGUGUAGCGUUGCCAUGGCGAGGGCCGGGCGCGGGGCCCGCCCCCGCAGCGCCUCAGGGAGCGCGGGGCCCACUGACCCGCGGAAGCCAGCGGACCGACUUGCGCGGCGGUCGGCGCGGGGCGCGAGAUGAGGAAAUCGAGGCCGCAGAGAAGGGACUUACCCAAACUUAAGCUUUGUGUGGGCCUUGGAGCUAGGCUGAAGGAGAAAGUGGAGUCUCACUGGGGCAAGUUCCUUCAACUUUCAGGGAUUCAAAUGACCUCACUUGUAGUGCGGGGCGUCCGGACCACCCCUCAGGAAUUGGGAUCAGGGCAAGAAUUACUAACUAAGCAAGCACCCCUCCUGGGAGGGAGUGUCCAGGACUGGUGUGGGCCCCUGUCUGUACCAGAGCGGAGGCCCGGGGCACAGUGGGAUUAAUUUCCAUGGGUGCAGAGAGGGGAGCCGUGUACGGAGUCAUUCUAGGCUUAGGGGAGACAGAGCAAAGUUAGCCUUCCCCAAACCUCUGUGCCUUCCUUUUCUUCUUGGAUUCCUACCUGGGGGUGGAGGUGGAGGCGGGGGUACCGCUGCCUUUGUCAAAGCGUGUCUAGCCCAGCAGUGAGCCCUCCUGGGCGUCUUGGCGCCCCAGUUGCUUCCUGGACGUAUUGGGGUUUCUCUGGGAGAAGGGUCUUGCCUGCAGUACCCUGGGCCUCCUGAAGAGGCCUCUGGUUGCGCUGCCUGAUUCAGGGACCCAGAGCCACGACUCGCCGAGAGGAGCUCCGGCGGCGUGCGGCCGGGUUGCCUGAGGGGCUGGGGGCUGCCUGGUGGACUUGCACACAUGCUGGCUCCAUACUUGUCACUGUGGUGGACGCUCAGAGCUCUACAGGGCCAGCUGCCUGCCCCUGCCCCAAGUCCCCCGGGCUGGGGUUGGGAUGGGGGAGGCUUUAGGGGGUCCUUCCCCCUCCUGGUGCUCGAGCUGGAUUUCCUCCCUGUUGGCUGGGGCCAUCCCUCGUGUCUCUGAUUGGCCUGUCCUGGCCUCAUCCCUCACCUGCUUGGGAUGCACUUGGACUCCGCUUUGCCCCGAGGGUUGCCUGGGCUGGCACCUAGCAAGGGGGCUCCUCCUGUAUGACUGUACUUUGGGGUCUGUGUUCUAGGGAUUCUUGAACCUCUGGUCUGAAUGAACAGCCGAUUGAUACAGCUCUCCACUGCAUGCAGCUUAGGAACCUCAGUCUCAGGUGACCCUACAGACUACCAGCACCCCCAGCUCCACCCUUGCUCUUCCCCGAGCAUGUCCUAACCCUAGCACUUGUGCCACAUCUAUCCAUUGGCCAAAAUGAGAACUGGGUGGCAGUUCCAGGCCCUUCUUUCAUGCCGAGGCUCUCCUGGCACUGGUGCACGCACACCUAAAGUGAGGCCUUUUCAUCAGACUUGCUCAGCCAGGAGCUCGGAGGCUUCCAUGUCACAUCCUGUGCUGGGACCCCUGUGCCAGAGGCUCAGUAGCUGUUCACUUGUUCAGCCCACUGCACUUACUGAGUGCUGCCUAUGAGUCAGGAACUGGCCAGGUUCUUAGGAUGCAGCAGGGAAACAAACAGUAACUGGCAUGUCAAGAAUUAAAACAAGGUGAUGAGAUAAGAGAAUGACAAGGUAACCACAGAAGAUCUCUGAGGAGGUUGCACUUAAGAUGUGAUCCGAGUCCCACAAAGGAGCAUGCUGUCCUAAGAUCCGGUGGAAGAACUUUCCAGACAGAAGGAGCAGCUGAUGAAGGUACUGGCACACGGGUGAGGAGUCGUAGAAGAGGGGCCUGCAGAUUGUGCUCUCAGCAAGCCUGUCGUCUAGUGGAAGACACUAGCCGGGACACAGAGCCCACAUGUGGACACCGCUGUGGGUUGGUGGCAGGGGUCGAGCAGGUGCCAUCAGGCACAUGAACGGUGGAGUCUUCAAAGGUGUGAGCAGCUGCCGGAAGAGGAGGUGCUCCUGAAGACACUGCGGCCGGCCCGCCUGUGCCUUUGGUGCCCUGGCUGCCUAGAGAGCCUCACCCCUGGGCCCUGGGGCCAGGACUCCAGGACUCUGACUACCUGCCCUCCCCCAGCCUCAGCGGCUGCACCUCCUCAUUAGUACUGAUGCACUGACCUCGGCACACAGCUGGGAGGGAUUGGGGGACUGGGUCAUGGCUGCUCCCAGGCCCCACCCAGGCUCCUGAGCCUAGGUGAAAAGAGGACUCUUAGGGGCUCACAGGGGCUCUCACUGCUGAUUGGCCCUGCCCUCCCUUCCCCCUCAGCAGGGUGCCAGGAAGCUGGAACCUUGUUAUCUGGGUAAUUAGUUUCAGACCCUGGACUGAGGCCGGCCAGGUCUCAGGGCUGCCUCCCAUAGGUUGUGCACCCUGACCCCGAGAGGGAGGCGAGGCACUGCUGGUCGACAACUAGAGGCUGGCCUGGGGAGCCGGUUUGGGGUGCCCUCCCACACUGCCCUCCCUGCCCCGGCCCGUGCCCCCCAGGGCUGCCUGGGCCUGGUUAUUGUGUGGGGCCUCCUGACCCAGCCAAGGGCACGAAGCUCUGGGAAGGGGAUGCCCCCGAGGGUGCCAGUCCAGCCAGCUGCCCCACCCCUCAGGCCCAGCCUGGCCCCCAAGCUCCCCACUCUGGUGCCCCGAGCAGCCCUGUGGGCAAGCAGCCGCCGCCAUGGCCGAGCACCUGGAGCUGCUGGCAGAGAUGCCCAUGGUGGGCAGGAUGAGCACGCAGGAGCGGCUGAAGCAUGCCCAGAAGCGGCGCGCCCAGCAGGUGAAGAUGUGGGCCCAGGCUGAGAAGGAGGCCCAGGGCAAGAAGGGUCCUGGGGAGCGUCCCCGGAAGGAGGCAGCCAGCCAAGGGCCCCUGAAGCAGGUCCUCUUCCCUCCCAGUGUUGUCCUUCUGGAGGCCGCUGCCCGAAAUGACCUGGAAGAAGUCCGCCAGUUCCUUGGGAGUGGGGUCAGCCCUGACUUGGCCAACGAGGACGGCCUGACGGCCCUGCACCAGUGCUGCAUUGAUGAUUUCCGAGAGAUGGUGCAGCAGCUCCUGGAGGCUGGGGCCAACAUCAAUGCCUGUGACAGUGAGUGCUGGACGCCUCUGCAUGCUGCGGCCACCUGUGGCCACCUGCACCUGGUGGAGCUGCUCAUCGCCAGUGGCGCCAAUCUCCUGGCGGUCAACACCGACGGGAACAUGCCCUAUGACCUGUGUGAUGAUGAGCAGACGCUGGACUGCCUGGAGACUGCCAUGGCCGACCGUGGCAUCACCCAGGACAGCAUCGAGGCCGCCCGGGCCGUGCCAGAACUGCGCAUGCUGGACGACAUCCGGAGCCGGCUGCAGGCCGGGGCAGACCUCCAUGCCCCCCUGGAACACGGGGCCACGCUGGUGAGGGCUGGGGGGGUGAGGGGCACACGGGGCUGGGGGCCUCGCUACUUGGAGGUGGGGGAUGGGGCCGAAUUCAGGCCGGGCGCUUGCCUGCAGCUGCACAUCGCAGCCGCCAACGGGUUCAGCGAGGCGGCUGCCCUGCUGCUGGAACACCGAGCCAGCCUGAGCGCUAAGGACCAAGACGGCUGGGAGCCGCUGCACGCCGCGGCCUACUGGGGCCAGGUGCCCCUGGUGGAGCUGCUCGUGGCGCACGGGGCCGACCUGAACGCAAAGUCCCUGAUGGACGAGACGCCCCUUGAUGUGUGCGGGGACGAGGAGGUGCGGGCCAAGCUGCUGGAGCUGAAGCACAAGCACGACGCCCUCCUGCGCGCCCAGGGCCGCCAGCGCUCCUUGCUGCGCCGCCGCACCUCCAGCGCCGGCAGCCGCGGGAAGGUGGUGAGGCGGGUGAGCCUAACCCAGCGCACCGACCUGUACCGCAAGCAGCACGCCCAGGAGGCCAUCGUGUGGCAACAGCCGCCGCCCACCAGCCCGGAGCCGCCCGAGGACAACGAUGACCGCCAGACAGGCGCAGAGCUCAGGCCGCCGCCCCCGGAGGACAGCCCCGAAGUGGUCAGGCCGCACAAUGGCCGAGUAGGGGGCUCCCCAGUGCGGCAUCUGUACUCCAAGCGACUAGACCGGAGUGUCUCCUACCAGCUGAGCCCCCUGGACAGCACCACCCCCCACACCCUGGUCCACGACAAGGCCCACCACACCCUGGCUGACCUGAAGCGCCAGCGAGCUGCUGCCAAGCUGCAGCGACCCCCACCUGAGGGGCCUGAGAGCCCUGAGACAGCUGAGCCUGGCCUGCCUGGUGACACGGUGAUCCCCCAGCCUGACUGUGGCUUCAGGGCAGGCGGGGACCCACCCCUGCUCAAGCUCACAGCCCCGGCGGUGGAGGCUCCCGUGGAGAGGAGGCCGUGCUGCCUGCUCAUGUGAGGCUGUUGCUCAGCGUGCAGGGGCCCUGUCCCGGGCACAGCCCAAGGCUGCCUCCCCAUGGUGCGUGCCCUGGUGCUGCCGGUGCAGCAUGGAAACCCCGGCUUCUACUGUACAGGACACUGGCCCCUCUCAGGUCAGAAGACAUGCCUGGAGGGACGUCUGGCUGCAAAGACUAUUUUUAUCCUGCAACUCUUGAUAAAGGGCUGUUUUGCCAUGGA